AGAAUGAGACCAGUUUUCAAAAAUGGCGGAGAGAAAGCGACAAAAGAAAGGAUCUGAGGAUGAACACAAACGGACGAAGCAAGAGACCGAAGUGGCCAAGUUCCUUCGAUUCAAUGUCCCCGUCAAAGAAGGAAAGAUAGCCGAUGUUCCUGGCAUGGUGGUUACCUAUUUUACUGCUAAAGAUGCGGUUGACUAUCUAAUGGAUUCAAAAUGGGCGUCAAAGAAACCAAUAUUAUUUACUGAUAGGGCGUCGUGCGUGAAUUAUUGUCAAACGUUGCUAAUAAAGGAAACUUUCCAGCGUUUAGAAAAAAAGAAACGCUCAAAGAAGAAAGAAGAUGAAUUGGACAAUAAAAUAGCAAAAAAAAAAAGUAAAAAAAAAGACAAAGAGGAAAGCGAAACUGAAAAAGAAAAAAAGGAUUCAAAAAGUAAAAAAGACGGAAAGAAAAAGAAAAAGAAAAUGAUACACUUUGCUUUGGAUGAAAUUCAAGAAUUUAAAGAUGGAGAAAAUUAUUAUGCCUGGACAUAUGAUCCUGUACCUCUAAAAGCUUAUGUCAUUGGUACAUUGAUGGUUUUAGGGGCAAUAGGUGUAUGCCUUUACCCACUUUGGCCACUAACAGUUAGACAGGGUGUAUACUAUUUAUCGUUGGCAGCUGCUGUGUGCAUAGGCAUCUUUAUAGUUUUAUGUAUUUUACGUACAAUAAUAUUUGCUCUCGUAUGGCUUACUACGAUGGGAGAACAUCAUCUGUGGAUACUGCCUAAUCUGACUGAGGAUUGUGGUUUCUUUGAAUCUUUUAAACCGUUUUAUUCGCAUAGUCUGGCUGAAUCAAGUAAGAAAAAACUGGAAGACAGUAAAAAUAAGAAGUCGAAAGAUGAAGAAAAUAAAAAAACUGAAAAAUCAGACGAGCAAACAACUGCCGAAGAAACAAAAAAAGAUAAUGAAGAUGAUAAACAAGAUGAGAGUGAAGAAGAUGAACAACAAGUAGAAACAACAGAUAAUGGUUAUGAAAUAUUGGAUGAUGACGAAUUGGCAGAAUUCUUACGCGGGGAAAUGGAUAAAGAAAUCGUAAAACAUCGUGGUAGUUGCCACUGUAAAGCCGUUACUUUCGAAGUUUUAGCUCCGGAAAUUGUAGACGUUUUCCAUUGCAAUUGUACGAUUUGUGUCAAGAAACAAGGAUGGCAUUUUAUGGUUCCGAAAGAAAAUUUCCAAAUAUUGAGCGGUGAAGAUAAGCUCUCAACUUAUAAAUUCAACACUGGUACUGCCAGUCAUCUUUUUUGCAAGGAAUGUGGAAUUCAUUCAUUCUAUUAUUCUCGUUCUCAUCAAACAAGUGUUGCAAUUAUGCCUCAUUGUAUAGAUUCAGGAACUAUUAAGAAGGAGAAUAUUGUUCAUUUUGACGGUUUAAACUGGGAAAAAAGUUAUACCGAAGCUAAAGAAAAGAAAGGAGGACAUUUUAAUUAA